AUGGAGGCACAACCAACUGCCUCAGAGAGGAGACAGGAGGAGGAGGGUGAUGAUGACGGAGGAGAGGAGGGCCCCACCAACAAAAUGGCCCAAAGGUUUACCAGUGAUGAGAAUGGAGCACUGGUGGACGAGGUGGUAGCGCGAUGGGAUGUGCUGUUUGGGAUGUACAAGCGCUUCAGUGACCUGAAGCGUUGGCUAAGGGCAAAGCUGGUUACCAGGAGAGCUAAAGCCCAGAAGACCGGCGGAGGGCGUGUCCCUCCACUCAGACUGAAGCCCUACGAGCGCCGGCUUCUGGACAUUUUGAGCAAAGAGGGCUGUGAAGGAGUGAACACAGACUGGAGAAUACCGCCGCAAACAUCGCGGCCUGACUCGGGCAGUGACCAGGAGCAGGACGACGCCGCUCAGCAACCCCAGGAAGAGGGUGAGGCUGAAGAUCGUGAUAGAGCCCCGGAAGCUCAAGAACACCGAGCUGAAAGCCGCGCCCAGUCACCAGCUGUGAUACCUGUGGUGCCCCCCAGACGUCGUGCUGCUGCCACUGCUGCUGCUGCAGCAAUUGGGGGACCACCACAGGAGGAAGGACGGCGACUGGGUGAUCAACCUGCGGCACAACCGGGGCUCGUUGACGCCAUGAUGGCUGCCAUGCAGCCUAUGCUCCACCAGCAGCGCCGCCAGGAACUCUGGAUGAGGCGGUGGAUGGCCCAAAUCCAUACGGAUAUUCGGGAGACCCAGGUGACCAUCCAUCGUGGAUUCCAGGACCUGGUGGCAGCCCAGCCUCAUCGACCAGGGGGCUCUGCUGAGGGUGAAGUCCCUGGUCCACCUGCUGCUCCCCCUCCACCCCCUUAAGCUCCUCAACAUCGGAGGGAAAGGGGGCAUAGAAGGGGACUCGGUCCUGU